CGGACAGUCAUCCACGUCCGCGGCACCCUCUGUUGCACUCGGACGGAAAGACCCACGACCGGUGCGAUCUGUUACCGUCGUGUUUGGAGGCCGGGGAGAGAGAAUUCGGGGACCAACAAAACCGCAGGAUCGAUACGAGACCGGCGCGAACCGGUCAGCAGGGUAGAGGGUCGCACGCACGCAUGUAUAUGUUUGUCGUUUCCUGUUUUCCAUCGGUUUUGCGUUGUCGCCACGCGAGCAGUUAGUUCCUUCACGUGGGCAUGAGAAGUCUCCGAUCGGCACCACCGGGUGCCGAUGGAUGACGGAUGCUUUCGAUUUGGAGCGCGGGGCGAUCAUCAAGAGCCCGAUGCGUAAGUUGCCGAGAGUUGCCGAGAGCUGCGGCAUUGGCUUGUUCUCCAGAAGGGGCGUCCAUCGAAAAUGACGUCGUGAGAGUGCAGUCCGAAGCAACUCCUAUACAGCAGUUGUAGCCGCAGCUUUGAAGGAAUCGUUGGCUGCCCGAUCUAAGGACCGGUCCUCUUCUUCUCCGCACACAGCACACCACUCUACCAGCACGUCAGUACUCAGGGUUUGCAACGCUACUCGUCAUUCUAGUGGGAGGUCGUCUAAAAAAAUUUGAACUGCGAGAUUUUUCUAACCAUCGUAAUGAACUGGGAAUGAACCGCGCAGAAAAGCCUUCUUUCCUGCGAACUUUUGAAAUUUUGGAACUGCAAGGCCAACUCUGUAUCCGAUCGGGAACACAUCGGCAACCGUCGUGCAGCAAAAACAUAAAUAUAAAACGAUUUUUGAAAGGUGUGGAUGGAUGGUUUGGAAACAGAGGUUUAUACGCUGAUCUGGGCUCUCCGUUCUCUAAACUGCAAGACUUAUUGUACAAUCGGCAGUUAGGGACAUUGCAGUGACAAGAGGCUGAAUGGGGCAUGUUGGAGCCGAUUUGAAGGGGCAAACCAGAUUGGGUACCAAGACAACCAUCUGGACCCCGAUGAUGAUUCGAUUGAUCUUACAGUCAGAAUAUUGCUGUGCUCUUUUUUCUACGAUCUCAGCUUAGUGCACUUUGUUGGUUCCAUGGUUUGUUGAUUUAAUCGAAUCAUCUUAUGAUCC